AUGUCUGCAUCUCCAGACAGCACGCAUACAGCUCUUUUCGGCGAGGAAUCUACUUUCUCCAAUGAGGCUCAUCCUGGAAUCGAACCAUCUGUCUCUUCCGACACCUCCGAGAACGAUAUAAACAGGUGUUCACAUAUCACUUCCGUCUUCGCCGAUACAUCCGCGAAAGCAGGUAUCGUAGGCAAAUUUAAGACAGUCGUAGCCUGGCACACUCGUAGGACACAUAGUUCCCUGCACCCAGCAAAGCGAAGGAAGGUAUCUUCACCGACCUGCGUCGAUACAAAGUCUGGAUCAGUUUUCUGUUCAGAGUGCGAAGACUUUGUAUUUGAUGAUACCAUUGAUGAUUUGUAUCUCUCUACCGUCCUAUCGGUGGAAGAGCAAAAAACGAAAUUUCAAGUGGAGAAGAGAGGCCGAGAGCCGUAUCAACCGUGGAUUCCGACAGGCGACGAGUCCAUUAUCCUCAAGGAUGCCGCUACAGUCCCUUGUCAAGGUCGUCGUGGACUGCUUAAUCUGGGGCAAACGUGCUUUUUGAACGUCAUACUCCAGUCGUUCAUCCAUAACCCGUUGCUACGGAAUUAUUUUCUCAGCGAUAGGCAUAACAGCAGGCUGUGCAAACACUCAGACUGCACAUGUUGCGAAAUGGACAACCUGUUCACAGAGAUAUAUUCCCCGACCAAUACCCCAUUUGGGCCCACGUCCUUCCUCGCCACAACAUGGAAAGUUUCUGCCGAGAUGUCAGGCUAUGCCCAGCAAGACGCACACGAGUUUUUCAUUACUGCAUUGAACCAAAUUCACGGGACAUGCCGCGGUUCCACGAAUAUUUCGUGCAACUGCAUCAUUCAUCAGACUUUCGCCGGUCAAUUUCAAAGCGACGUUACGUGUGAGAAAUGCGGAACGGUAACGAGCACAAUCGAUCCGAUGCUUGAUAUUAGCCUUGAGUUGAGGUCAAAGUCUGGGGAACCGGCUGCUGAUAACACGCUUGCCAGCUGUUUGCGCAGGUACACCAAACCGGAGAAGCUAGGAGCAAGAGAGUACAGCUGUAGCAAAUGCACGAAAGCUUCUCACGAGGCCGUGAAGCGCCUCAGCAUACGGACAUUACCGCCAGUUCUUAGUUUUCAAUUCAAGCGAUUCGAGCACAAGACGUCUGGGAAAGCUGCCCCGCAAAAGAUCGAUGCUCCGAUACGAAUUCCACUCUCUAUCAAUAUGGCGCCUUAUACGACUCUUGCUAUGAAUACAACCGGAAAGGACGGUGAAACUGGUUACCCAGGACCGGUCGCAAUGUAUGAAUAUGAUCUGUUUGCGGUAAUUAACCAUGAAGGGCAGAUGGAUAAUGGACACUACACAAACUUUGCUCGUUUCCAAGAUGAGUGGUACCGUUUCGAUGACGACAAAGUAACUCCAUCGACGCUGAGUGACUGCCUAGCCUCAAAUGCUUACAUGUGUUUCUAUGUGAAACGACACCUUGACUACAAACCCUACGUGAAACCAACGUAUCUAGUUGCACGUGAAAAGGACAUCGUGCGUGAGCAAGCAAUGGAGCGAGAGAAAGAGGCAGCACGUAUGAAAGAGGUGGACGAUGCACUGAUAGCGAUGGUCUGA